AGAAGAUUGCGAGCUGUACUCUGCUACCAUUUUCGGAUAAUUCGGCAAGUAUUUUUUUCUCACACUAGCACACAUACUAUGUGUACGCAUAUAUACAUACACCUAUACAUACACUUCUAUAUAUAGCUCGAGCUUCCGCAUACCAUUUCCACUUUUUCCUCCAUUUCCAUUUCCCUUUGCACUUCUCUCAAUCCCAAUUUUCCCCCUUUUCUUUCCUUUCUCAGCUCUACUUCUUCAAUUUCAUUCAAUCCUCCCGCAAUCAACUGUUUUUGUGGAUUAUAAGGUUUGUUAGAUGUGAUUGAGCAAAUGGGCCGCAGCAGUACUGCAGAGAGUGAAGAUGGCGUACUCUCUGCUGAUUCACCUCUGAGUAACGAUGGCGAUAAUUUUGGCGGAAGUUCUAAUGGCGGCGUUGUUCUUAAGAAAGGUCCUUGGACAUCGGCCGAGGAUGCGAUUUUAGUUGAGUACGUGAAGAAGCAUGGAGAAGGCAAUUGGAAUGCAGUUCAGAAACAUACCGGGCUUGCACGGUGUGGGAAAAGCUGCCGGUUGCGGUGGGCUAAUCACUUGAGGCCAAACCUGAAAAAAGGAGCAUUUACAUCAGAAGAAGAACGGCUCAUAAUCGAACUUCAUGCCAAGAUGGGAAACAAAUGGGCACGAAUGGCAGCACAUUUGCCAGGGAGGACAGACAAUGAGAUAAAAAACUAUUGGAAUACUCGGAUAAAAAGGCGUCAACGUGCUGGUUUACCCCUUUAUCCUUCUGAUUUAUGCCUACAAUCUCUUCCGGAGAAUCAACAACUGAGUUCUCCCAGGAUAUAUGGUGGAGAUAAAGCAUGUAAUGAUAUCUUGCAAAAUAAUGGUUACCGGGCACCUGAUAUCAUGUUUGAUAGCUAUAACAUUUUAACAUUUGCACCAGAAGUUCCAGGUAUUCCUGGCAGCGUAUCGAUGGGCAACAGUUUUGCUUCUCCUCACUCUUAUGGUUUUGUGCCUCAAACUAUAGGAGUGCCUGAUCGGGCUCGAGAACCAGAUGAGCCCAUGUCAGACUAUGGAAGUGGUGGUGUUAAUGAGGCACCCACAUUUAACAGGACUCGAACUGAUAGUUGUGUUAACAAAUCAUUUCAGUCCUUUGGUCUAUGUUUUCCUUAUGACCCUGACCACACCAAGAAACUGUUGUCUUCUGGUGUCAAUCAGGACACACCUUUUAUGUCAGAUGUCACUUUCUCUGCUUCGGAGCACUUUGCAGAUGCUCAGAAGUCGGAGCUCCCUUCACUCCAAUAUCAAGAGACUGGUCUAGGUGUCUGGGACCCUCCACCUGAAUCAUUCGAUUCUUUGGUCCAGUCUCCUCUAUCAGGCCCACUCCCAUCACAUUGUCCUUCUCCAGGGAGCAGUGGCCUUUUAGAAGAUUUAAUUUAUGAAGCUAAGGCUCUGGGAAAGUUGGAGAAUCAGUCUUCUGCUUGGGCCACUUCAUCUAACGUCAGCCAUGGAGAAGUAACAGAUGGCUCUGCCUUUAGAACAUGCUCCACAGAGUUCAAAGGCUAUAUUGAUCCCAACUCUCCAUCAGGUAACUCAAUGGGGUCCCUUUUCAACAGGUACACUCCUACCACUGGAAGAUCAUUGGAAGACGACGUGACUAUGCAUCAUGUGAAAUCGGAAGUGUUCGAUCCAAGUUGGAUCGUGGAUGGUGAAAGUAAAGUGGACUAUUCGAGACCGGAUGCUAUACUAGGAUCAUGCUGGGUCGAGCAGAGUGGUCCAGCUUCAAAGCAAAAGGGCUCGACGACUGAUUCUAUCGCAGCUCUUCUGGGCGACACUUCUGCUUCUGCUUCAACCUGGGGAUUUACCUCUUGCUCCUGGAACAACAUGCCGCCGGUCUGCCAAAUCUCCGACAUCCCAUGAACUACCAAAACCUUCUCAAUUUAUAAACCAUUGUCUGUUGCCAUUUGUAUGAACCAACACUAUUAUCACAAUAACUUUCUUGUAUGUAAAAUUCCAUUGCUCAAACUAUCCUAUACAUUUUGCCAUAGCGAUAACAAAAUUCUUAUGCUUCC